GAUUGUUUUAUGCUGAUGGCCCAAGCUUCUGACAUCCAUUCAUGAAACGUCAUUUAUUUCGUGCGCCAUUAAAACUUCGUUAAUGGCUGCAACACGCUCAGCAACCUUCGUAUCAGUACUGGCGUAUCUCCCUUUUGAGAAAUGCCAUUGCGAUCACGAUGAAACAGCUCCGAUCACUCAAUUUCACCAGAGCCUUGCGCGAGCGCUUCGGCCACACCUCUUCGCAACGUAGCCCAGCACUCUGCAACACUUCAAUUCACCAUCCGACUCUCGUACGACCACACCCAUACUCCUCCUCUGCAUAUACUUCUAUCGACCCAAACGAAGUAACACACUUCACUGCCCUCGCCAGUAGCUGGUGGGACCCCCAUGGCCCCUCGCGCCUGCUCCACCUCAUGAAUCCGCUCCGGCACACAUUUAUCGCCCGCUGCCUCCUCACUUCGCACCCCGACCCUGCGCCCGCAAGCCUCCACUACCUCGACAUCGGCUGCGGCGGUGGUAUCUUUGCCGAGUCUGCCGCCCGCCUACCCACCACUGCCAGCGUCACGGGUAUUGAUCCGACGCCCGACGUUCUCCAUGUUGCGCAACGGCACCGACGGACAGACCCAAAACUGCUUACACCCGGCCGGCUGACAUAUCUGAACAAGUCCGUCGAGCAAUUACCACUGCCCGCGCGCGCUGAUGCACUGUUCGACGUUGUGUCUUCGUUCGAGGUCAUUGAGCACGUGGCCAAGCCUGCGCAGUUCCUCGAGGCAAUAUUCCCUCAUGUCAAGCCUGGCGGAUGGGUUGUACUGAGUACGAUUGCGCGCACGUGGACGAGUUGGUUGACGACAAAGCUUGUGGCGGAGGAUAUGCUGCGUAUUGUGCCGCGCGGCACGCAUGAAUGGAAUAAGUACAUAAACGAGGCGGAACUGAGGGAGUGGUUUGCCAGGCAGGUGGGCUGGGAGGAUGUGCGAUGUAUGGGAUGUAUGUAUGUGCCGGGAGUAGGCUGGAAGGAGGUUCAAGGAGGAGAGAAGAUUGGGAACUAUUUCUUUGCGGCACGGAAGAGGUUGUAAGGAGGCUUCCGUGGAAUGUUUCUUGUUGUAUAGGUUGUAUAUGUGCAUACCUUUGCACAACAGCUUUUAACUACGAGCAUAGUUCUCCAGAUCCAUACACGAGCAUUAUAAUUAAAGUAGUGUCCAAAGGAAUGAGCCACUAGCU